CAACAUGGACGUCUUUGGCUUUUUUUUAAGGAGCGUUACAACCAAAAAUAGUACUCUUGAUGCAUGUAUAUAUGUCUAGUCACCUGGCUUAAUUGAUAUCGUAUAUAAACUAUCCCACGUAAUGGCUUUGUGUGGUACCACUUUACGAUCAUCUUUUCUUUCCUUUUUCACCUGUCAGGCAUAAACCUGGGCAUCUCUCACCGACGGAGGACGAAAACAUGGCGGCCUCCUUGCGUUUGGGUCGUCAAGGAAUUCUAUUUGGCCUGAGAUUUGCAAAGCUUAAAAAAAAUUCAUGGACUUCACAUUCGUUUCAGGACAAUGUCAGGCAGUUCUUUCAAUCGCCAUAUUUAUUUGGGGCUGCCCCAGUCAAAGUGGAGAUGCCUGCUCUCUCUCCCACCAUGGAGGAGGGAAACAUUGUCAAAUGGUUGAAGAAAGAAGGUGAGGCGGUGGCGGCUGGCGAUGCGCUCUGUGAGAUUGAGACGGACAAGGCCGUGGUUACCCUGGAGUCCAACGAUGACGGUGUCCUGGCCAAGAUACUGAUGGAGGAGGGCAGUCGUGCCGUGCGUCUGGGGACUCUCAUCGCCCUCAUGGUGGAGGAAGGGGAGGACUGGAAGACGGUGGAGAUCCCGCCCCCCAUGGCAGCCACGCCAGCUCCUCUCGCUCCUGCAGCUGCAGCCCCUCCCCCUCCGGCAGCCCCGGCUGCACCCCCACCACAUCCCCCCAGAGCAGCCUCUACAGGACUGUUGCGGCUGAGCCCGGCAGCCAGACACAUCCUGGACACACACGGUCUGGACCCCCAGCUGGCCACCCCCACGGGACACAGGGGCAUCAUCACCAAGGAAGAUGCCCUGAAUCUCCUGAAAAAGUUCCCUGAUUCCAAGGCAGCUCCAGUUACAGCAGCCCCGAGUCCAGUUGCCAUCCCAGCAGCUGCCCUACUUCCCCCAGGCAGCAGGCCCAUGUACCCCCCUCAAUCCAUACCUGGCAAGCCUGGAGCACCGGGCACCUUCACAGAGAUCCCAGCCACUAAUGUGCGGCGUGUCAUCGCCCAGAGACUGACGCAGUCCAAGACCACCAUCCCUCAUGCCUACGCCACUGUCGACUGUGACCUGGGUGCCGUCAUGCAACUCCGCAAGGAGAUGGCCAAAGCGGAGAUCAAAGUGUCCGUCAAUGAUUUCAUCAUCAAGGCCGCUGCUGCUACGCUUAGAGAGCUGCCGGAGGUCAACGUCACCUGGUCGGGGGAGGGGCCUCAGGCUCUGGACUCCAUUAGCAUCUCCAUCGCUGUGGCGACCCCAAAGGGCCUCAUCACCCCCAUCAUCACGAAUGCUGCUGACAAGGGGGUGCAAGAGAUCUCAGCUAAUGCCAAGGCACUGGCGCAGAAGGCUCGAAAUGGGAAGCUGCUUCCUCAUGAGUACCAGGGAGGCUCCUUCAGUAUUUCUAACCUGGGAAUGUUUGGCAUCAGUGAGUUCAGUGCGGUGAUCAACCCUCCCCAGGCGUGUAUCCUGGCUGUGGGCACCUCAAGGGCUGUGCUGCAUCUGACAGAGGAGACCGGUGCCCUGAGCACCCAGCAGCUGAUGACCGUCACCCUGUCCAGCGAUGGGCGCCUUGUGGACGAUGAGCUGGCAUCACGCUUCCUGGACAAGUUCCGUGCCAACCUGGAGCGGCCGCAGCGCAUGGCACUGGCCUGAGAUAGAGGGGGAUGGAGAGAGAGGGAGUGAAGGAGAGCGAGGGAAACACUUCCAUCAUGAAGCCUAUUUCAUGCUUGUAAGAGAAGCGGUCAUAGACAGUUACUUGCAGUUCAUUUUAACUAAAUUAACAUGUCAAUGUUAGGUGUGCUAUUGGCUUGUACAUAUACAUAGUGUAUUUAGUUGUUUUGACUGUUUAUGACCUAUGCUAUGUCCUAAACAUCACUCAUAAGGCUUUGGGAUGGAGGUGUGUAAGUGUACUAUUGCUGGAGAGGUUUAUGUUCUGUAGUGGAGCCCCGGACAAAUGUUACCAUAGCAGGGUACAUCCCAGUUAACCUGUGGGAGGUGGGAGCUAUUCUAACACAACAUGUUGGUAUAUAAAGUGGCUAUUCUAGUUAGUCCCAUAUAUCAAGUCCCAAUGCAAUGACCCAUGUCACAAUUAGUUCUCAUUCAUUCACCUGGACAAUGCAAACAUUUUUGUACAUUUCUCACGUGUUUAUUAUGGGCCAUCGACAGCACUGCGUUUCUUCUGUUAAUCAUUCUACCCCUGACGGAGUGAGUGGCACUUUGAAAUUCCUCUGAACAUUCUGACUGUUGUGAUUGUAGGUUCUGUUGGGUCUCCUGAUUUAGGUUAUGACGAAAGCAAACAAGCCUACUGAAAUCUCUCAUGAUUGUGUAUAUAAUAGAUUUUAACUUAUUUAAAAUUCAAAUUAGUCUAUCAUAACCACCCCGAAACAGAUGUCAAAAAAUACAUAUGACAAAGCAAACCCAAUAAACUGCAUAUUUUCUGUUCAACCCACAAAA